CUGUCCAAACCUACCAUUCUCACCUCCAACAAUACUGCAGUGGAGACCAAAGACUUCUCAUUGACCUGCAAUGGUACAGGUCAAAUUCACGCUUACCAGUGGCUCAUAAAUGGACUUGCCCCAGCUGAUAGCAGGAUACAGCUGUCCCCGGAUAAGAGGACACUCACUAUCCGCAGGCUCACAAGAAGGGAAAACAAAGGGCCCUAUGUGUGUGAAAUCCAGAACCCAUUGUCUAGGAAUAGAAGUGAUCCAUUCACACAGUAUGUUGCCUAUGGCCCAGAUAUUGCCACGAUUGUCCAAACACCGGAUGUGUACCCUACUGGGGCAAAUAUUACCUUUAGCUGUUCUGCUAAAUCUAACCCAUCCAGUCAAUUCACUUGGUUACACAAUGGACAAAUAUUCAGCAACGCAGCCUCAACAUACGUUACGGCAACCCUGAUGCACACUGGAACAUAUACCUGUAAGGCAUCUAAUUCAUUCACUGGCUUGAUGCACACCCAAACAAAGAAUAUUACAAUUUAUGAUGGACCAGAUACCGCCAUGAUUGUCCGAACACCUGAUGUGUACCCUACUGGGGCAAAUAUUACCUUUAGCUGUUCUGCUCAAUCUAACCCACCCAGUCAAUUCACUUGGUUACACAAUGGACAACGUGUCAGCAACUCAGCCACAUUUUCUAUUAUUGCAUCCCUGAAUCAUGCUGGAUCCCAUAUAUGUAUUGCAUCUAACUCAUUCACUGGCUUGAUGCUCACCCAAACCAAGAAUAUUACAAUUUAUGCUCAACUGUCCAAACCUACCAUUCUCACCUCCAACAAUACUGCAGUGGAAACCAAGGACUUCUCAUUGACCUGCAAUGGUACAGGUCAAAUUCACGCUUACCAGUGGUUAAUAAAUGGACUUGCCCCAGCUGAUAGCAGGAUACAGCUAUCCCCGGAUAAGAGGACACUCACUAUCCGCAGGCUCACAAGAAGGGAAAACAAAGGGCCCUAUGUGUGUGAAAUCCAGAACCCAUUGUCUAGGAAUAGGAGUGAUCCAUUCACACUGGAUGUUGCCUAUGGACCAGAUACCGCCAUGAUUGUCCGAACACCGGAUGAGUACCCUACUGGGGCAAAUAUUACCUUUAGCUGUUCUGCUCAAUCUAACCCACCCAGUCAAUUCACUUGGUUACACAAUGGACAACAUGUCAGCAACUCAGCCACAUUUUCUAUUAUUGCAUCCCUGAAUCAUGCUGGAUCCCAUACCUGUAUUGCAUCUAACUCAUUCACUGGCUUGAUGCACACCCAAACCAAGAAUAUUACAAUUUAUGCUCAACUGUCCAAACCUACCAUUCUCACCUCCAACAAUACUGCAGUGGAGACCAAGGACUUCUCAUUGACCUGCAAUGGUACAGGUCAAAUUCACGCUUACCAGUGGCUCAUAAAUGGACUUGCCCCAGCUGAUAGCAGGAUACAGCUGUCCCCGGAUAAGAGGACACUCACUAUCCGCAGGCUCACAAGAAGGGAAAACAAAGGGCCCUAUGUGUGUGAAAUCCAGAACCCAUUGUCUAGGAAUAGAAGUGAUCCAUUCACACUGGAUGUUGCCUAUGGCCCAGAUACACCCAGGAUUAUCCCUACAGUUGAUCAGUACCCUGUUGGGGCAAAUAUUAUGUUGAUCUGUUCUGCUAAAUCUAAACCACCUGCCCAAUUCACACUCAGCCAAACUCUCUAUUACUAAUGUGUCCCUGAA